AUGGCUCCAGGUCUGGCGGGUCUUGAAAUUGUGCCGUUUCGUGUGGCUGCAUACAACAAGGUUCAUAGGGCUAUGGAAAUCUACGAUCCAAGCCACGCAGAUGACUUCAUCUUUAUCUCGGGAACAAAGAUGCGCACUUUGGCAAGGGAAGGUCAACAGCCACCAGACGGUUUUAUGAGUCCUUCGGCCUGGAAAAUUCUUUCCGACUUCUAUUCCCGACAAAACCGGCAUCAACAGUAG